UAAAUUUAAAAUUUUCAGAAUUGUCCAUCAUCAAAAGGGAAUGAAAUGAAGGAUAAAAGCAAGGCAGAGGAGAAUGACAAAGACAAGGCGGAAGAGAAGGACAAAAAUCAGGUGAAACCAUUGAUUGUGAAAGAGAAGGUGAUGGAAACAAGAUGCACAAGGGAAUCUGUUGCAUCGCCAAAUCAACACAGGUCUCACAUUGGGAUAAGUGCCAAUCAACUUAACAGUUGUACUUUUCUCAACAUAUAUUCAGAAAAGGUUCUUAUUCAAGGGAAACAAAUUAAAAUACCAAUAGAUCAAAAAAUAUUCCAUGAUGUUUAUAUGAAGAUUGAGCAUAUUGGUCGUGAGGAAGUCCGUGAAAUCACUGGGCAUGGUGAAUUAAGUGCUUCAGCAGUUUGUGUUUAUAUGAGGUUCUUAUUUGAUCACUGUGUGGCUGAAAACUUGACUGAGAAAUUUGCCUUUUUGAGUCCUCAUCGAACGGCACAUGGGCUGACCAAUCAAAGCCAAUAUAUUUCAGAUGCAAUUAUGGCAAAUGCACACCCAAACCAAUUAUAUCUUGCACCGGUCAAUAUAGGGGCACAUUGGGUGUUGGUUGUGAUCAAUGCCACUACAGGGACCUUAUUUUACUUGGAUCCUAUACAUGGUAGUUUGAAUCAACGCAAAGUCAUGAAAGAGAUGUUUGAUAAUGCAAUGAUGAUCUACCGUGCUAAUUGCAAUGACAAGAGGAUUACAUGGUCCAAAGCCAAAUGGAAUACUAUAAAGUGCCCUGCCCAAACAAAUUAUAUAGAUUGCGGGUACUAUGUACUAAGCUUUCUAAAGGAGAUAAUUGCGCACAAAAAAUCUACAAUUCCACAAGCGGUAUGGAACUUUGACUAAAUUCU